AUGCACUGCCAUUUAACCACCCAGCUUACCUUUUUUUUGGAUCAAAUUAUCCAAGAUCGUGGAAAUAGACCUGUCAGUGUCAGAUUAUCAGACGCUGAAUCAAUCAUCGGUGUCGACGCUCCUCUUCAUCUCUUUCUCCUCAGGCCGCCAAGAGCCUCUCAGCUCAUUCAAGUGGAAAUGUCUUCUCCUUCUCAGCUUACAGUCAGUGAACUUGCUGCCAACAUCCAUGAAAUCUCAGACAACUCCCGCGAUUCCGAUAUCAUAAUCCAGGAAGAUGAAAUGGAUGAUACCGUGAUCAAGCCAAAUCCUCUAGACUCGCUUGAAUGCGGGAUAGAACUUCCCCCGCAGCUUCAGACGCCAAUCGUGCUGGUGGAUAUCGAUUCUUUCCUUCCACUAUUGAUGUGUCUGCCACCUACCGCUCUCCUGCUCGAGGACAAUGCCUAUUAUAUUGAUGGUGCGAUAAAUGCAGAGGAUUGGAACCUGAUCUCCCAUUAUGCCAAACGAGUUCGUGGAUUCACUCUUCGGGAUGAAUUGGACAAGAACAUUCCUUGUAUCCCGAUCGAAACCAUCCUCCGUUUGGCGCAGCUUCAGCAUCCUGACAAGCCGCUUUUCCCGUCCCUUGAACGACUGAGUGUUGUUCAGGCCAAUUCCAACCUCUCCCACCUCCCCCUCUUUCUAUCGCCUUCCAUCAGGACCCUUGAAAUCGCGUCACUCUCAAGCGCGAGCGCCCCCAGCUUCCGCUCCUUCCUGACUGCGCUGAUUACGAUGAGCGCUCAACACGUCCAGGAACUUAUCCUGGGGCCAGGACGUCUCCCGGAACCACUGUUACAGACAUUCUUCCGGUUCGAGCACGUCCGCUAUCUCGAACUCAAGGACGUGGUAGAUCCUUUUGACUUUACACUCAUAGAACGAGUCGGCGCUCUUUCCCAGCUAGAAAAAUUGGUCGUUGACGCCCGCAAUGCCCAAUAUGCUGGCCGCGUUGACCCUCCACAGCCUCCCGCGCCUAUAUUGGAGUUCGGAUCGGAGGAAUCUGCCUCUGACAACCGCGAUCCUGGCUCCUCCCAGUUGUUGCAUCCAAAAUUUCCUCGGCUCUCCAGUAUAUCGGUUACCGGGAAUCUAAUGCUCAUUGGCGACUUGCUUCACUUCCUUCGUACAGCCAAGCUCCAUGAAGCCAAUUUGACGUUUGUGCCUUCCGCAAUGUCGACGGAAUGGUGGAUGGCGAAGGUUCCCGUUCCCGUUAACCCCGUUCCACUUCCAGAAAAAGAGCCGCUGAAAUUACCCGAGCCAAAACCCAUGCCUAUGAUUCGUCAUAUAAAACAUUGCAAGUGCUGCAAAAAAGGUCGUGCAGCACGGACGCAAAUGUUGGAAGGAGAGGAAGGGCGGGACUCAACUCCGUGGGACAUUUCACCGCCAUUAUGGGAAGAAAAGGAAAAGUGCGGUUCAGGUUCAAUCUGGGGUCUUCCGACGCAUCCUCCUCCUCCCCCUCCCCCUCCUAUUGACGGGGAAAUAAUUGACAAAAAUUUUGGUAGACUAUCCUCCCUCGGAAAAGAGUCGCUCCAGAGUCUUUGUGUCGAACAAGUCAAUGGGGAUUCGAGGUAUACUUACCCAGCAUUCCCUUCCUCGGCCUUUCAAUCCCUGGUUCACAUCCCAACACUCCUCGACCUCAGCAUUGUUGGAUGGGAUAUAGAAGCGGUCGAUGCAUCUCUUCGCUUAUUACCAGAUACUUCCAACCUCCGAGCUCUUUCUCUCCCUAUCUCUGAGCUCCGGGAAGGCAUCUCGUUGCAUACACUCCGAUAUAUUGCAGAAAACUGUUCUUCCAUGGAGCACAUCCAGUGCCGAAUCGAUCGUUUCUUGGACCAACCGCAAGAAUUCGAGCGUAGCCUUACCAGCCCACUCUCUCAUGGUUUGAAGGUUUUGUCAGUUGGGAGCAACACUGCUCCCGAUCAAGACAGGCUCAGAGUCGCGCAGUAUCUAUAUUCCCUAUUUCCUGUUCUUGAUGAAUUGAAGACCCGACCAGGCUUCAAUUCCGAACAGUGGGAAUACGUCCUUACGCUGCUGAAGAUAUACCAAUCCAAUCGUACGGUUGACGCGAAGCGCGUCAUCGCAUGA